AUGGCCCCUAUCACCGAGUGCACAAAGAAGGGCUCGUUUGAGUGGACUCCUCAAGAUCAAAAGGCGUUUGAAGUGAUCAAAGAGAAAAUGUGCAACACACCUAUCCUAGCACUUCCAGAUUUUUCAAAACCAUUUGAAGUUGAGUGUGAUGCAAGUGGAAAGAGGAUUGGUGCCGUGUUGAUUCAGGAGGGGCGUCCUAUUGACUACUUUAUUUUGCCUCAAAAAAAAUUCGUGCAUGGAGAUGCCAAGGAACAAGCAGAGUUCAUGGUCAAAAUCCACAAAGAAGUGAGGAAGAACAUCGAGAAGGCUAAUGAAAUCUAUAAGAAGCAAGCCAACAAGAGAGUCAAAAACGUGAGAAGCUUUGAAGUUGGUGACUUAGUUUGUAUUUACAUGAGGAAGGAAAGGUUUCCCAAUCAAAGGAAGAACAAGCUCAUGCCACGAGCCGAGGGUCCAUUUGAGAUAGUGGAAAAGAUCAAUGACAAUGCCUACAAGGUAGAUUUGGGAGGAAAGUACGGUGUCUCAAGCACAUUCAAUGUGGGGGAUCUAGCACCGUACUAUAAUGAUGAAGAAUUGAGGGCAAUUCCCUUUGAAGAAGGGGAGGAUGACCAAAGUGGUCAAGGUUCGAAUGAUUCAAAUAUUCCAGUCCAAGAGUCGAACGUUAGGGAAUUGAUUUUGUCCAAGUAUUUCUUCGAUGCUACUCCUAUGGAUUUUAGCGUGCACAGUCCAUAUAAUUCCUCAAAUGGUUGCACCGUAUUGAGUGUGACUAAUUACCUCAGUAAUGGGAUUAAUUAA